AUGAGCCCAGUUUCUUUGCCUUGUGGUCAUAUCUUCUGCGAAGAAUGCAUGAAAUUGCACAUGGACCAUAGCAAGACCAUUUCAACGGGUUGCGUGGGUUGCCCUACUUGCCGCACUGUAUUCACAGUGACUAUGGAAGAACUCAACAAUAAUAGAACCCCGCCCAUGUUCCCAUUUCCUACAAUCAGAAGACUCUACCUCCCUUCUGGAUCUCCUACAACCAUAAACACUCGCUCUUCGUCCGCAAAGUCCCAGAUGGUCCCCUCUCCCUCAUCUGCUUCCCAUGAAUCCGAAGGCUAUCUAUCUCUCCUCUCCCGUGUCUCGCGUUUAGAGACGAAAAUAGCUGAGCUUAGACGGGAGAAGGCGAAGCUCACGGUCGAAUCCGAGCAACGGAUGCGAGUCCUGCAGAACGUCCUUGCAGAUCGUGCAAGUCUGAGAAGCGAAAAUGAUCGGAUUAAGAAGGAUGCGUGGGCAUGGAGAAACAAGUAUGAGAUGCUGAGUUCACGGGUGCGACAGGGAAUCAUUUGGGCCAAAGAAUCCGAAUCGCAUACCGCCGACGUGAGGAACAAGCGAACUAUCUCAACUACAACACGACCCAACGCGUUUCGCCCCCAACCACAACAGAUGGGAUCUACUCGUGCAGGCAUGAGACUACUUGCGUGGUGGGGUAUCAGUGCAAAGUAG